AGCAGCAGCAGACGGGAUGGGCUGUGGGGGAUGAGAGGGAGAGAGUGGGAGUGACGGAGGAAAUAGCGAAGAGAGGAAGGAAAUAAGCAGCCCCGGCUUGAUGUCUUGAAUGAGCUCGGUGGAUCUCGUCGAAGUCUCUAUUGUUUGAAACGUGCUCUUCAUCGAUGCUAAGCUCAGGAACAAUGGACGAAUUCGUUACCGAGGAGGAAGAGCCUUGGUACGACCAGCGGGACUUGGAGCAGGACCUCCACCUGGCUGCAGAGCUGGGAAAAACAUUGCUGGAGAGGAACAAGGAGCUGGAGGAUUCGUUGCAGCAGAUGUACAUAACCAAUGAAGAGCAAGUGCAUGAAAUUGAGUACCUGUCAAAACAACUGGAAGUCCUUCGAGACAUGAAUGAACAGCACGCCAAAGUUUACGAGCAACUGGAUGGCACCGCAAGAGAGCUUGAACACACCAACCAAACACUCGUGAUUGACAGCAAGGCCUCACAGCAAAAGAUAGAGAGGUUAACGGGGACAAUUGAGACGUUGCAGAAUCAGGUGGAGUCCCUUUCGGGCCAGGUGGAGCAGUUGCGGUCUGUGGAACAGCUGAGAGUCAAAAGGGAAAAGAGGGAACGACGCAAGACCAUCCACUCCUUCCCUUGUUUGAGGGAACUUUGCACAGCACCCAGGUACGAGGAUGAAUUUGUGGUGGGCAGGGCUGAAAGCUUUACUUUGGAGCCGAAGCGUCAGCCAUUCGAAGAGGAGAACAAGCACCUGAGAGAGGCGGUGUCAGCUCUGCGAGCGGCCAUCUGGACGGAGCGGGGCCGCCGAGAGUGUGUGGAGAAGGAAUGCAACCUUCUCCUUGCAGACUUCUCCCGCCUGCAAACACGCGUGCAGGAUGCCGAGCGUUGCCAGGCAAGGGUACGGGAGUUGGAGGUGGAGCUGCAGGAGCUACAGCAGCUACGCCGCACUCGGACUUUCCUUCUUGGAAACGAAGAUGACGGCGUAACUCUGACCCAGACCGUCCUCAAUAGCACCCCGGAGACCGACACCUUCCUGGAGGGAGAUGUUGGCGAUACAGGAGGGGGUGUUAGGGAGAAGGCGGAAGGGGGCACCGGUGUGGACGGGGAUGCUCUCCCCGAGUCAAACCCAGUAAGGAAAAGCUGUAGCGACACGGCACUCAACGUCAUCGUCGCCCGGGAUGCGUCUGGCCGCAGGAGAGGAAGCUACGCACUUCACGCCAACAGUGUGAGGAAGAGAGGGAUGUCCAUCCUUAGGGAGGUCGAUGAGCAGUACCACGCAUUACUGGAAAAAUACGAGGAGCUGCUGGGAAAAUGCAGGCGCCACGAAGAAAGCCUUUGCCACGCGGGUGUGCAGACAUCCAGACCUGUUUCCCGAGAUCCUUCCAUGAAAGACUGUGCUGUGGGCCACGUCCCUGCACCUCCGCCGACCCCGACUCAGUCCCCCUCCACACCAGAAGCCAUCGAGAUGAUCGGCAAGCAAGUGGACGCAGUGGAUAAGCGUCUGGGACAGAACGCUCCAGAGUACAAAGCGCUCUUCAAGGAGAUAUUCUCUCGGAUCCAGAAGACCAAGAUGGAUAUUAAAGCUUCCAAAUCUACAAAAUCCAGCAAAUCUAGCAAAUCCAGUAAAUAGUGACGUGUCUCGUUAUACAGGACAGUUGUAGUACAAUAUCAAUGUUUAGUGCUUCUGCGCUGUGAAACAUCCACAAAGCACCACUUCAUAUUGUCAUACUUUAUUUUCUGCACUAUUAGGUGCUUCGGAUUAUAAGGCGCACCCUCAAUGAAUGUCCUAUUUCAAAACUGUGUUCAUAUAUAGGGCGCACUGCAUUAUAAGGCGCAUCAAAUAGAAGCUCCAAUAACGGCUGCUUGCAGUUGUGCUAU